AUGGAAGGAGGGUGGCCUGCAAAGGGGGGUGUCCUCCUCUGCCUCACUGUCAGUCUUCUGCUUCAAGGAAAAGGCGACGCUUUUACCAUCAAUUGCUCAGGCUUUGACCAGCAUGGGGUUGACCCUGCUGCCUUCCAAGCAGUGUUUGACAGAAAGGCCUUCUGUCCAUUCACCAACUACAGCAUCCCUACCCAUGUCAACAUCUCCUUCACCCUGUCUGCCAUCCUGGGAGUGGAUGCACAGCUCCAGCUGCUGACGUCAUUCCUGUGGAUGGAUUUGGUAAGACAGAUUCAAGUAUCUCCUCCCCACUUCAUUUAUAAUUUUAAGCCUGAGGAGUUAGAAACCCUGGAAGGAAGGGAGACAAGAGCUGAAAAAGCCUCCAUCUCUUCCCUUCCUUCCCCAAACAGCAUGGAUGUGUCUCAGACGCCUUCAGGUCUCACUGCCUAUAUCAGCAGUGAAGGUCAAAUAAACUACGAUAAGCCAAUGAGGGUGACCAGCAUCUGUAACCUGGACAUCUUCUACUUCCCUUUUGACCAACAGAACUGUACCUUCACCUUCAGUUCUUUCCUCCACACAGUGGACGGCAUGCUGCUGGGCAUGGACAAGGAGGUGUGGGAGAUCACAGACAUGUCUCACAACGUCAUCUGAACCCAGGGGGAGUGGGAGCUCUUGGGCAUCAACAAGGCCACCCCAAAGAUGACCAUGGGCAACAACCUAUAUGACCAGAUCAUGUUCUAUGUGGCCAUCAGGCACAGGCCCAGCCUCUACAUCAUAAACCUGCUGGUGCCCAGUAGCUUUCUGAUUGCCAUUGACGCCCUCAGCUUCUACCUGCCAGCAGAGAGCGAGAAUCACGCCCCAUUCAAGAUAACUUUUCUGCUGGGCUGCAAAGUCUUCCUGCUCAUGAUGAAUGACUUGCUUCCUGCCAGUGGCACCCCCCUCAUCAGUGUCUACUUCGCCCUGUCUCUCUCCCUGAUGGUGGGCAGCCUGCUGGAGACCGUCUUCAUUACCUACCAGCUGCACGUGGCCACCACCCAGCCCACACCCAUGCCUCUGUGGUUCCACUCCCUGCUGCUCCACUGCACCAGCCCAGGGAGAUGCUGUCCCACUGCGGCCUGGAAGGGAAAUAAAGGCCUGGGUCUCACCCCCACCCACCUGCCUGGCACAAAGGAGGCGGGGGAGUUAACAGGGAAGCAGCUGGGACCCAGAGAGACCGAGCUAGAUGGGGGCUCAGGAUGCACAAAGACCCAGCUAAUGGAGCAGUGGGUGCAGUUCAGCCACGCGAUAGACACCCUGCUCUACCAGACUCACUUUCCUUAUCUUAGCCACUUAUCCCCAGUGACUACCAUGUCCCCUUCUAAAUUCCAAAAACUCCAGCACAGCACUACCAAGCAGGUUCGGUAUGGCCCUGGACAAUUUCCUGUCUGUUGCUCAGGCUGCUUAUUCCUGCUCACCUUCAGUCUCCCUGAGCUACCACCUAACUCCUCACUGCCUGAUCAAUGGAAGUCCAGGUCAGUGGAGUCUCUCCUUGAUCGAUCACCCCAAUAA